AUGGCAUAUUCUUCUCGUUCUCCUCUUUUUCUUAUUUUAUGGACUGUUUUGCUUUGUGGACGAGAAGACAGAGCAGAGGGAAAGGAGAUAAACAAAAGUGGUGGCGGAGAAGAAGCCGAAGAUAAUGAUAGUGGAGGAGGGAGAAGAGGAGGAGGUGGUGGUGGCAGCGGCAGCGAUGGACUAGGUGGCAGUGGUGGUAGAGGAGGUGGUGGCAGUGAUAGCGGAGACAGAGGAGGGAGGGGGUGGGUUUUCCACUUUUUAAAAGGAGGAUGUCGGAGGAUACAUAUUUCAGAAAGAGGAGGAAGAGUUUUGAGAGCUUGUGAAAAGAAGUUUGAUAUUCAAUCAAUGGUUUCUCAUCUUGAGUCUGCUGAUAGCGAUAUGCAGUUGUGGUUGAUCAAGAAACUCAGAGAAUUCUUCUCAGAUAAUCUAGAAUCUGCUGACGUUUAUCUUCUACUUAAAAAUAUUAAACAGACAAAUGAGACAUCGGGUUCAAAAGAUCUCAAAGCUGAUAUGACGUUCAUACACAUUAUAUCUGACUACUUAUCACGCUACAAGCUGCAACCUGUUUUCGUGAUUAAGCAUGAGGUGCUGCAAGUUCUUUUAGACCUUCUGGAAACAGAUAGUGUUUGUGAGAAGGUUGUGGAGGAACUGGGAUAG